CGGCUCUCAAGGCUGCUAUUCAAAACGCUCAAACGCUGGCAGAAGUUGCGAGGCUCGAGAGGGCGCUUGCGACUGGGCAAUACAAUGGAUCUGGAGACGCAAUGGAAGAGGGAUGAGAGCUCCAUCCAAGCAAUCCAAGCGAACCUUAAGUACCAACAUGGUAAUGGCUAUGGCGGUCUCGCUCGCGCUCGCGCUUCCGGGGCAGAGGAGCGUCACAGCGCUAUGGAAUCCGGUGAGCACAGCGAGGCAGCAUUGUGUGGGCAGGGCGAUCGUGGCUUUGGCGUCGCCUAGGCGGAGCAAGGGAAGUGGGAGCAGCAAGAGCAAGGCAGGUUUCAAGGAUCGACAGCAGCAGCAGCCUCGCCGGCAGCAAAGAAUUCGAGUGGAAGAACUUGAAGAUGAUGAUUUUGACGAUGAGGAGGAUGAAGCGGGUCUGGAGGCACUGUUCGCUCAGCUGGAGAAGGAUUUGGAGGCCGAGCGAGCGGGAAAGAAGGUGGAGGUGGAGACGAUCACUGAGGAACAGAUGGUUGCUCUGGAACAGGAGCUGAUGGGUGGUGGUGGCAGUCGGGGCGCAAAGAAAAACGCAAAGAAAAAGAAGAACAAGGAUCGAGAAGAAGAGGAGAAAGACGUUUCGAGGGAUGAAAGAGAAGAUGAGGAGGAGGAGGAAGAACAAGAACAAGAAAUCAGCGGUGGUGGAUCUGGUCUGGCGAAGUUUAUUGAAGAGGCACAGCGAUUGGAAAGCGAAAUGGUGGCGAAGCGAGUUGUCAAGCUCGAGAAAUGGCAACUUCGAAAGCUAAGAGAUGCUUUGGACGUUGAAAAGAGCCAGCUCAAGGUGAAGGCCCUGGCUGGAGAAACUGGCCUCGACCGCAGGGAUGUUCUUACCUUUCUACGCGAUCCUCCACCGGAGCUCAUCGAACUGAUUGACUCGAUAUCCGACAAGGAAUCGGACGAGGAAGAAGACAAGCCCGAAGAUCAAACAGGCACUCAAGAACAAGAUAGCGAAGCUGGCAAAGAGGAAAACGACUCUCCUCGUGUGGAAAGGAUAGGCUUGCCGGGUGAUACUCAAGGAACAGGUCCAAAGGCUUGGUACGGGAAGAAGAGAAUCCGGAAAGAACACUUGGAAACUUUUGAGAAGGUGUUCCAACGUACGAAGAGGCCGACUGGUGCUUUGAUCCAAAACAUCGUUGAGCUGACUCACGUCCCAAGGAAACGCGUUUUGGAUUGGUUUGAGAAUCGGAGGCAAGAACACGCAGCCAGGAAGGAAGAAAACAGGCACUUGGCAAGGAAAUGAAUCAAUUGUAGACAUCGCACUUUCAAGGUGUCCAGUUCCGAUCAAACUCCACCAAGCGUUGGGAUUGUGUAGCGACGAGCAAAUCGCGUCGACAACUGGAGAAGAGAGUGAUGUGCCUUUUUUAUUUUCUUCUUCUCUUUGUUUUUCUCCUUUCGUGAACAAACAGGAGGAAAGAUUGGGGGCUUCUUAUCUCAGCCGAGCUGCGUCGCUAUCCGUGCUUGCCAAUGAUAUCGACAAGUUGUCCCAAUUAACAAUGCAAAAUUUCUGUCAUGCUUGGCUCU